AUGCUAAACCAAAGUUGGGGUGUUGAACUUUGGGAUCAAUUUGAUAAUGUAGCAAAAUAUACUGAGAAAAGUUUACAAUUCUGUGAAAAAUAUGAAUCAUUUCUUAAAGAUCGUUGUACAGUUGAAGAUGAAUAUGCUAAAGCAUUAAAAAAAUUAACGAAAACUUAUACACCAAAAUUAAAAGAUCAAGAAGAAUUUUUCAAUAAAUAUACAUUUACAAUUGCAUUUUGUUCAACUUUAAAAGAAUUACAAGAUUUAGCUUCCCAACAUGAAUUAAUAGCUGAAAAUAUUCGUGAACGUUCCAUAAAACAAAUUCAAAUAACAGUAAAAGAAUGUCGAGAACAAAGAAAAAAAUGUUUGGAUGAAUAUACUAAAAUAAAACGUCAACUUGAUAAACAACAUGAGUCAAUGAUUAAAUCACUACGAAAAUAUGAAGAAUGUCAUGACUCGGCACGUCGUGCUAAAGAAAGUUAUGAAAAAGCUCAUGAAGAUCUCGAUUUAUCACGUGCACAAUUGGAAAAAGCUCGUGAUACAAUGACAUCAAAAUCUAAAACAUGUGAUGAUGCACAUGCAAUUUAUUCUUCUCAAGUAUCUUUAUUUAAUGAUACACAACGUUUAUUUCAUGAAAGACAAUUGCCCAGUAUACUAACUGAUUUACAACAAUUAGAUGCUAAACGUUCAGAUGAACUUAAAGAUGUUUAUGUUAAAUUUAUUCAAUCACAUGCAGAAGUUCUACCACGUAUACAACGAUGUUUAGAUGAAAUGACUAAACAAGCUGAACAAUUAAAUGCUAAUACAGAUGCUCAAGUUGUUAUCGAAGAACAUAAAUCUGGUUAUGCUAUACCAGAUGAUGAAAAAGAAAUUGAUUUAAAUGCUAUGGAUCUUCCAUCGUUAUUAUUGAAUGGAAAUAAUAAUGGACAUGAACAACCAAUUUAUAAUAUGAAUUUAGUUAAUUCUCAUCAUCAUCCUUCGCCAGGCGAAUUAGCACGAUCAAAUACAUUAAGAAGUUCAGGUAGUGAUCAUAGUAAUCAAAACGGUGUCGCAACGAUAUAUGCAGUGGGUAAUGCAAGUGGACAUGUGAAUGGUACACAAACAUUAAUGACAACACCAGCAAUGGGUUCAAGGAAAACUGUAGCAAGUAAAACUGGUGGAACAGCAAGUACAAUUAGAAAAAUAUUUGGAAGUUCAUCACAAAGAAAACCUACAAAUAAUGGUAGUACAAAUUCAACAACAGUCAAUACACCUUAUAGUACAUUACCGCCAGCACAACGUUUGAAAAAAUUUCAAGAACAAAUUAUAAAUUGUAAAAGUGAAUUAGAAAAAGAACAAAAAGCCAAAGAAGGUUUAGCAAAAAUGAGACUUGUCUUUCAAGAAAAUCCAAAAUUUGGUGAUGAACAAGAUGUUGCACAACAAAUUGUUGCCAUUGAUGAACAUAUUGAAAAAUUAUUAGCAGAAAUUAAACGAUUUGAAUCAUAUACCGCUGAAAUCGAACCAACACGACUUCCAGCAUCAACUGAAUAUGAUUCAACAUCACGUUUACGAACAAAUAAUUAUGGUUCCGAUCAAUCAAUAAGUAAUAAUAAUAAUAAUAGCAGCACUUCUCAACCUGGUACACCAGGACAGAAUCGCAGUCAACCGGAUAUAACAGAAAAUUUAACACCAACACAAGAAUUUCAUCGUUUACCAUCGGUUACAUCAAUAACAUUGCAUCAAAAUAAUAUGACAGCAAAAAUAUCAUCAGAUACAAUAACUGUUGAUGAACAUAAUGGUUCAUUUGAAGAUGAAAGUAUUGAUGAUGAAAAUUCAAAUGCCAUUGAUCAUUCCGAUAGUUUAUAUCAACCACCAAACAAUGGUGGAACGAAUGUUAAAGCAUGUGCAUUAUAUGAUUUUAAUGGUCAUGGUAACAAUGGUUGUCAGUAUGUAAAUGCAGCAGCAAUAAGUGCGGGUGAAUGUGUUGAAAUAUUGGAAGAUGAUCAAGGUGAUGGAUGGACACGUAUACAAAAAAUAGAUGGUAUAACUGGCUUUGUUCCAUCAUCAUAUCUUCGUAUUGAUUCUCAAAAACUUCCAAAAACAUCACAUCAAGUCGAUUCCGGCCGUUUUUGA